UUCUCAUCUAUUCUUUCUUACAAUUCACAAUUCAACCAAUACCAUCUAUUUUCUUCUUUCUGCAACAUUGGAUGUGGGGAGGAGUGAUCAAUACUUCAUCAAGCUUUUGUUGUUGGUGCAAAAGAAGUGAUGGAGAGUCCUCAAUAUUAUGCACCGCCCCAAAUUAUGGACUCCUCGUCUCGGCCGUCUCUAGGAUUUCCUCUAGGGACUGCCCUUCUCCUUCUUGUCAUUUUCAGCUUGAGUGGUGUAUUUUCUUGCUGCUAUCACUGGGACAAAAUCCGUUCUCUCCGACGUCGAUCUCUAGCCGAUGUCGAAGCCGGAGACGACGAUCCUUCAUCCUUGAAACCCAAACGCACACACAUGUGUGAGAAGCAGAACCAAUACCAAAGCAUGCCUGCAGUGUUGAUGCCAGGUGAUCAAGUUCCAAAAUUCAUAGCAAUGCCUUGUCCGUGUCAGCCUCCCAUACCGGAAAAGAUUGUGGUAGAAGAGCAGAAGCCACCGCAGCCGCUGCCUCCCAAGCCAGUUCGUAUGGUAGUGGGAUUACCUUUGUAUUAGUUAAAAGGGCACGUUACCAACCUGGGUUAACAAUGCAGUGAUGUGACUGCUUCGUCUCGGGUUUGAGCCCGGGUAUGGAGUUUGUUCGGAGCACCAUCCUCAAAUGCAGUGCGCACUUAAUUAGAUCUCCGCAGACAUUAAACACAGCUGGAACAAAGAAAAAAGUAAAAAGGGCACGUUGCUGUAUGUACACAUACAUAGAGCUGAGUAUAUAAAUUGAAUUUUAUUUCAACC